CGCCCGCUCAUCGGCGGCGAUGGCGAUGGCCGAGGGGUCUCUGCACCGCCUGGCGGGGACCACCCCGGACGGCGAGGCCGGCGGGCUGGUUCUGCGGCAGCGCAGCGCCGCCGCCGAGCUGCACGUCUUCAAGGCGCCGGCACCACGGGGUUCCUUGCUGGGCCUGGAUGUGCUGGCGGCCCAGAAGCGGCGGGAGCGAGGGGAGGAGGAGGUGAGCAGGAAGCGGUCCCGGGUCGCCUCGCACGGGGAGGACCGGGAAGAGAGCCGCGGCGAGGCGGGCAACGCCGAGGAGGACAGCGACGAGGGCACCCGGAGCAGCCACGGCGUUCACAGGCAUUACCGUUCUACCCAUGUGGAAUCACCUUCCUACACGGGAGGCGUCAGUGAGGAGUUUUGGGAACGCAACCGGCAGCGUGAAAGGGACCGUCGGGCACAUGGUGUCUUUGCCUCCUCCAAGGAGGAGAAACAGCAGAAGAAGGAACGCAGUAGGGACCGGGACCAUGAUCGCAAACGGCACCGUGAGGAACGGGACAGAAGUCGUCACAGCAGCAGGUCAGACAGGGACAGCUCAUCAGAGCGCAGCAGCAGGAGGAGUGAACCAGAGAGUCCCAGGCAUCGGCCCAAAGAUGCAGCCACGCCGUCUCGCUCUGGCUGGGAGGAGGAUGACACUGGCUCCAGCAGUGCUCGCCGCUCACAGUGGGAAUCUCCCUCGCCCAUGCCUUCCUCCCGAGACUCGGAGCGCAGCCACCGGCCAUCAUCACAGCGGGACACGGACCGGAGAGACCGGGACAGGUCUGUAAGGAGCAGGUACUCAGAUAAGACACCAUUGCCCACACCAUCGUACAAAUACAACGAGUGGGCUGAUGACCGGAGACACCUCGGGUCUACACCACGGCUGUCCAGAGGGAGAGGCCGGCGCACAGACGGGGAGGAGGGCAUCGCCUUCGAGACGGAGGAGGAGCGGCAGCAGUGGGAGGACGAUCAGCGGCAAGCUGACCGGGACUGGUACAUGAUGGAUGAGGGCUACGACGAGUUUCACAACCCCUUGGCCUGUUCCUCCGACGAGUACGUGAAGAAGCGGGAGCAGCAUUUGCACAAGCAGAGGCAGACGCGCAUCUCAGCGCAGCGGCGGCAGAUCAACGAGGAUAACGAGCGCUGGGAGACAAAUCGGAUGCUGACCAGCGGUGUGGUCCAUCGGAUUGAAAUUGAUGACGAUUUUGAGGAGGAUAACUCAGCUAAAGUGCAUUUGUUGGUGCACAACCUGGUGCCCCCUUUCCUAGAUGGAAGGAUUGUCUUCACCAAGCAGCCGGAGCCAGUCAUCCCUGUCAAGGACGCCACCUCAGAUUUGGCCAUCAUAGCCCGGAAAGGCAGCCAGUUGGUGCGAAAGCACAGGGAGCAAAAGGAGCGUAAGAGGGCUCAGCAUAAGCACUGGGAGCUGGCAGGCACAAAACUGGGAGACAUUAUGGGGAUCAAGAAAGAAGACGAGAAGGAUGAGAUGGUGACAGAAGAUGGCAAAGUGGAUUACAAGACUGAGCAGAAGUUUGCUGAACACAUGAAAGAAAAAAAUGAAGCCAGCAGCGAGUUUGCCAAGAAGAAAUCAAUCCUGGAGCAGAGACAGUAUCUGCCCAUCUUUGCUGUGCAGCAGGAGCUGCUCUCCAUCCUCAGAGACAACAGCAUUGUGAUUGUGGUGGGGGAGACGGGGAGCGGGAAGACGACACAGCUGACACAGUACCUGCAUGAGGAUGGGUACACCGACUACGGCAUGAUUGGCUGCACGCAGCCCCGCAGGGUGGCAGCCAUGUCCGUUGCCAAGCGGGUCAGUGAGGAGAUGGGCGUGCGGCUUGGGGAGGAGGUGGGCUACGCCAUCCGCUUUGAGGACUGCACGUCCGAGAACACGUUGAUCAAAUACAUGACAGAUGGGAUUCUUCUUCGUGAGUCCCUGCGAGAGGCUGACCUGGACAACUACAGUGCUAUCAUCAUGGAUGAGGCACAUGAGCGCUCGCUCAAUACUGACGUGCUCUUUGGCUUGCUUCGGGAGGUGGUGGCCCGACGUUCAGAUCUGAAGCUUGUUGUUACCUCAGCCACCAUGGAUGCGGAUAAGUUUGCCUCCUUCUUUGGAAACGUUCCCAUUUUCCACAUUCCUGGGCGCACCUUCCCUGUUGAUAUUCUUUUCAGCAAGACCCCACAAGAGGAUUAUGUGGAAGCUGCAGUGAAACAAGCCCUGCAGGUCCAUUUGUCUGGUGCUCCUGGAGACAUCCUCAUCUUCAUGCCUGGCCAGGAGGACAUAGAGGUGACCUCAGAGCAAAUCAUUGAGCACCUCGAAGAGCUGGAGAAGGCGCCUGCGCUCGCUGUUCUGCCUAUCUAUUCACAGCUGCCAUCGGACUUGCAGGCCAAGAUUUUCCAGAAGGCUCCAGAUGGGGUCAGGAAGUGCAUUGUUGCCACCAACAUUGCAGAGACCUCACUAACAGUGGACGGCAUCAUGUUUGUGAUUGACUCUGGCUACUGCAAGUUGAAGGUUUUCAACCCCCGUAUAGGCAUGGAUGCACUGCAGAUCUACCCCAUCAGUCAAGCCAACGCCAACCAGAGGGCAGGCCGAGCUGGCCGAACGGGCCCAGGCCACUGCUUCAGGCUCUACACCCAGAGUGCCUACAAGAAUGAGCUGCUGACAACCACAGUGCCUGAGAUCCAGCGCACCAACCUUGCCAAUGUGGUGCUUUUGCUCAAGUCCCUGGGUGUGCAGGACCUGCUGCAGUUCCACUUCAUGGAUCCACCCCCUGAGGACAACAUGCUUAACUCCAUGUAUCAGCUGUGGAUCCUGGGAGCCCUGGAUAACACUGGUGGUCUGACCUCAACGGGACGUCUCAUGGUGGAGUUUCCACUGGAUCCUGCACUCUCCAAAAUGCUCAUUGUCUCCUGUGACAUGGGUUGCAGCUCCGAGAUCUUGCUUAUUGUCUCCAUGUUGUCUGUACCUGCCAUCUUUUAUCGGCCUAAGGGCCGAGAGGAGGAGAGUGACCAAGUGCGGGAAAAAUUUGCUGUUCCCGAGAGUGAUCACUUGACUUACCUGAAUGUUUACCUGCAGUGGAAGAACAACAGCUAUUCCACAUUGUGGUGCAACCAGCACUUCAUCCAUGCCAAGGCCAUGCGGAAGGUGCGGGAGGUGCGUGCCCAGCUCAAGGACAUCAUGGUGCAGCAGCGGAUGAGCCUGGCAUCCUGUGGUACUGACUGGGAUGUUGUCAGGAAGUGCAUCUGUGCUGCGUAUUUCCAUCAAGCUGCAAAGCUUAAGGGCAUUGGGGAGUAUGUGAACAUCCGUACGGGCAUGCCUUGCCACCUGCACCCCACAAGCUCUCUGUUUGGCAUGGGCUACACACCAGACUACAUUGUGUACCAUGAGCUGGUCAUGACCACCAAGGAAUACAUGCAGUGUGUCACCGCUGUGGAUGGAGAGUGGCUGGCAGAGCUGGGCCCCAUGUUCUACAGUAUCAAGCAUGCUGGCAAGUCACGUCAGGAGAACCGCCGCCGUGCCAAGGAGGAAGUGUCUGCCAUGGAGGAGGAGAUGGCACUGGCCGAGGAGCAGCUGCGUGCCCGCCGGGAGGAGCAGGAGCGCCGCAACCCUCUGGGCAGUGCCAGAUCUACUAAAAUCUACACCCCUGGGCGGAAGGAGCAGGGCGAGCCCCUGACACCACGACGCACCCCAGCACGCUUUGGCCUCUAAGGCAGCAGUGCCCAUUGUUUUGAAGCUUAAAGACUUUCAGGAGAAGCUGAGUCUUAGAUGUGUGCCCAGCCCCUCCUCUGAUCACUGUACUCUCUGAGGCACUCUACAGCUUGUGGCCCAGAAAGGAUGUAGUGCUUGGCACUGAUUUUGCUACAGAAGAGAAAAGACUUUUAUUUGUUUAAAAGUU